AUGGACCUGCUGUGGAUGGACACCUGGAGGGAGAUAUUUUAUGGCCUGAUAGAUGAGGUGGAACCAGAGGAUGAGUGGGACUUGAAGGUGGACCAGAGUCUCACUCCUGAAGCCCUGCCCUGGGGCUGGACUUUCUGGUGCUCCCACUGCGGGUGUUUGUGGAGCUCAACCCAGGCUGUCAUCCUCUUCCAUGUCCACCUGGACCAUGCAGAGACACGGGGCUGGGUGAGGAUGAGGACCUUCAGGCAGCAGUGCCACCAGUGCUGGGUGUGGGCAGAGCCGGUUUUCAGCCAGGAGAGAGCUGGAUGGAUCCUGUUGGAUUUGGUUGCCAGCAUCUGGCCGAAGUGCUAUGGCGAGGACAUCGUUCACCCCUGCUUGCAGGAGGCUGUGGCUGGGGAACACGGUGCACCCCAUGAGAGCAAGCACUGCGAGGCCUGUCACCUGGGAGUGCAUCAGGGGAUGCCAUGGGGACACCAGGGAUACGGUAGGAAAUCCAGCUCCAUGGGGCUGCAGGAGAAGCCCGGAGAUGUGGCCAUCCCCUGGGGAAGCAGGGUGCCAGUGGUAAGCGUGCAGUCACCAGCCCACUGCUGA